AUAAGCUCAAACUCUGAUCGCCAGAGCGCGAUCAACGCAACCAUGGAGAGUCUCGCAAAAAACUUCAACAACAUUUCAAUAGACGACGCAGCGUGGCAUCCUAACGACCAACAGCCUGUAUGGGGAAACAACGGUCUCCAGCAGCAACGUGUCUGGGCUCCGCCGGUACCGCAGCCACAGUUCCCAAACAGAUCGCCAUGGCAACAGGAAUCGAACGAUAUCGAGCCAAAUGUCAACGAAGCCCUUGUUGGACUCAGUGGCACAGGCUCAUCAAGUCAAAGCCAAUGGGGUGGCAUUCAGAAUACAGAUUAUGAGAAACAGAUAUGGGGUGAUCCACCAUUGAGCGAUGUGCAGUAUCCACUUCAACCACAUGCCUCGUUCGGUGAAUUGAAUAGUCUUGGAGGUCAAUCUGCGCCUUGGUCCAUAGGGUCUCAGCCAGCGCACCCGGUUUGGAGUAACGGAGGAAUGGGAAAAGAAUCUGAUGACUUUUGGAAACAGCAACAGCCUCAACAGCAUCAGCAAUACCCGAUGCCAUUGCUGCAGGGAGCCUGGAAUACAGGCAUGAGACAUGGACCACCAGGACAAGGACAACGUAGUGGGCCAAUGAUGCAGCAGCAGCAAGACUACCAAGGGGGAUGGGGUGGCCCGAAUAACAUGGGUGGCAACAAGCAGAUGAACCGUCCAUGGGGGCAGGACAGCAAUCGUGGAAUGUCAGGCAUGCCGCCCCGAAACGGUCGUCCAAACCACAACCAGGGACGGUACUCUGGCAAUAUGGGUGGCGGUGUUGACGUUUCAGUUCCACCACCGAUGGAUAUGCACAUGGGAGGUGGUAUGGGUGGAAUGAGAAAUAUGGGUGUUGCUCCGAAUAGUGGACACGGAUCAUGGAAGAAUAACAAUGCUGGUGGAGGUCAAGGAGGCCACGGCGGUCAAAGAAACUACAACAACCGUGGUGGAAUGGGACACAGUGGAAGCCAGAGUGGCGGAGGAUCCAAUAUGUGGAACAGCACCGGAAACAAUGGAAGUGGUGGAAGCAUGCAGCAGUUCAUGGGAGGAGACCAGCAGUACAACAAUCCAUUCCCAAUCGGCGGAGCUGCUGAUGAUCUCACACUGACUGUUUGGCAUGAUCCAAACGGAGAACUCAAGAAAUGGCAGAGAGAUACUGGAGUGUCCUAUUGGGGAGACCCGGAGAAGCAAACUGACCGUACCAUUAGCUUGUGGAUUGUUGGCGAAGGUGCCGAUGAGGAUUUGGAAACUGCAUUGAACCGAUGUCCAGUACCACAGAAAAAGGGAGAGGACAAUCAACGUUUCCCAUUCCCAGUACCAGCGAAACGGCCAAUUGUUGUGACCGGAUGGGGAGAGCUUCCAGAAAAUGAUCCAAACAAUCCGUCCAAGAGCGAGUCGACGAUAUUCGACGAGAACAACAGAUGGAACGACUUGACAACUGAGCAAAAUCCAUGGUAUCUUCCGAAUCAGCACACUUCAACAUUCUCCAGUGACAACACCACUGGAUCGUGGGUGCAGGGAGGAACAAUUCCACUCAAUGAGCCCGGAACCAAUCAACACGUGGCUGUGGCGGAGAUGCUGAAGAACGCUGUCGACAAGGGAUACCUGGACCAGAGCGUGACGAUGAUGGCCAACUUACCGCCAAUGGUGCUGCAGUAUGUCAAUAUGCUGCUCGUCAAAAUUCCAGCGUUGGAUAGUGUGGAGAAUGAGCUGAAGCAGAUAAUUGAGAGUUCUCUGCCAGAAGAUGUGAAAGAGGUUGAUCCACAGAAUCAACAAAAGUACAUGAAUGAUAGUCAAAAGCUUGAACACAAUCGUCUCAUCAUCGAAGUGACGACAGCAAAGAUUGAAGUUCAAGAAUACUCGAAAAAAGUGAACCGUGCGCUGAUGGACGCUGGAAUUGUGCAACCGCAGGAGCAACGUGCGCCAGCCUCAACGGAGGACUAUCACUACUCGUUCUUAGAAUAGAUUGUAUCGCCCACCGAUCUUCUCUCCCACACACGAACAAUUAUCAUCAUUACUUUUAUUUUGUGUUUCGCACUGUAAUCUGAAUUUUAAGUUUGGAAAUUUGAAAUUCAAAGUUUCAGCCUUGUCAUCAUCAUUUCCCAUUAACUUGUCUCAGUGACCUUUGACAUUUUCUUCAAUACUUUUUUACUCUCCCCCUUUCUCUUUAAUUUCGUGUGUGUGUGUGUCUGUUUCCUUACUUUAUUGCCUCCGGAUUUCUAUUGUAAACGUGGUCUUGUGAAUGUUCUCUCUAUCUUGUCGUCUCCUUCCUUCUUUACUGCUGAUCAGACGGGGAAAAUUACACGUUUUUUGUAUUUCACCUCUCGUUUUGCCAUCUCCAGAUAAUCAAUUUUUCUUGUUUAAGGGGAGGCUCUCGCCUUUCCCCCUCCCACUAAGAAUAAUUUGGUGGCUGGUGCUUGGUCUCACAGGGAUUCCAGGUUUAUGUCUGCCAGUUCAUACCUUCUCUUCUCUCUCUCUCAUAAUAGGGGUCUUUGUUCCAACAAUUUCCAACCACGCGUAAAUCCAUCUUACUUUCCCUUUUCCAUAACAUCCAAACCUCAAAAUAUAAUAAAGUCCAUAUUAAUCAAA